CUUUUUUUUAACAGUGGGAAUUUGCGGGGGCUUCUUGCAGAUAGCUUGGCUUCACAAAGGCGUCUAUGGUUCUAAUUGUAACAGUACUCACAGGUAUCAUUGAUUUCUACUUGUCAUCUGGCACUUUUUUAUGAAUUAGACAUUUUGGCUAUGCUUCUGUCCAUUCAAAUGGUAGUUUUUCACUUUCUUCCACAUCUUUCAGGUUUUGGUUGCCAUUUUAAAGCAUUUGCGAUCAUUUUAGCUGAGCAGCCUAAUAUUUUCUGCGCUUCUUUAUAUGUUUUCCCCUCUCUAAUCAACUUUUUAAUCAAGGUACGCUUUUCUUCUGAACAAUGUCUGGAACGACCC